AUGCAUGAUAAUAUCUCUAUAUUAUGUGAAAGAUCUACAAGAAGGUUUGCUGAAUGUUUAGACUUUUGGAUAAUGCUUCAAAGAAAUAAAGAAAGGUACAGAAUAAAUGAUCCUCCAGAAACACAAAUAAUAAUUAACAGAAUAAAACUAAUAAUUCAAUGUUAUCGUUAUUUUUAUCGAGGAUUUUUACCACCUGAUAAUAUUUUAGGAAAUUUAUUUAGUCUUAUGGAUGAGAAGAUUAUUAGAAAUGGUGAUAUAUUUUUAACAGAAAACUCAUCAGAAAUUAUAAAUACUGAUGAUGAAGAUUUAAUAACAGAUGUUAUUUAUAAAUCAAUAGAUAUAUAUUAUAAUUAUUCAAAAAAUAUAUAUAAAGAAAAAUUACUUUAUAUGGUAGAUAAAAUGAUGUCAAGGAGAAGAUUAAAUACUAAUUCAGGAUAUAGAUUAUUAAAAUUGGUAGCAGAAAUGAAUUGUAUAAGAAUAAAUACUUUAGAUACAAUUGGACCUGUAUUAUCAACAUUAAUAUUAUCUGAUAAAUGGAAUGAAUAUUUAAUUUUUCGUAAUAAGUUAAUUAAUAAAUUAUUAGAUCCAAAUAUAGAUAUUCUAAUAAGGCAGUAUAUAUCCUUACCUGCAGAUGCCUCUAGUAGAGCAUUACAAGAAUCUCGACUUCUUAGUUUUUUACAUUAUCAAAAACAAUUGAGGAAUGAUAUAAAUAAUGAAGCACAAUAUUAUGAUAAUGAAUUUGAAAUAACAAGUAAUGAAAAGGAAAUUGAACCUUUAAAUAAAUAUAUAAUGUUACAAUUUAAUAAACCACAAGUAAAAUUAUUUAAUAAAUUAUUUAAUGGAGUUAAUAAGGAAUUAAAAGAAAUUGAUAAAUAUAAUACAUAUAAUAUAAAUAAGUCAAUAUAUAUGAAUGAAAGAUCUAUAUCAUCUCAGGAAGAUGAUUUUAAAGAUUCAAUUAUAUAUCAUAUAUAUAAUCGAAUUAAAGGUUUUUGGAAAUAUAAGGUAUCUGGAUUACAACAAAGUCGUUUUCAUUUAAUUAUAGAUAAAAUACCUAUAGUUAGGGAUAAUAUUUUUCGUAAUUUAAAGAAGAAGCGUAUAUUAGCAAAACAUUUAGCAACAAGAGCUGCUCAUUAUACAAUAUCAAUACAAAGUCAAAGAAGUGAGGCAAUAGAACGUAGAGAAAGAGAACGUUUACAAUUAUUACGUGAGAAUGAUUUAGAUGCAUAUUUGGAAUUAAUAAAAGAAACUAAAGAUCGUAGAUUACAAGAGUUAAUAAAUCAAACUGAUAGAUUUCUUGUAGAAAUGGGAUUAAGAGUACAAGAACAAAAGUCAGUUAGUGAAGAUAAUAAAGAUAAUUUAUUAGAAUAUACAAAUGAUACAUCUAGUUCGAUAUCACGUGUUUCAUCUUAUUAUAGUAUAGCACAUACAAUAUCAGAAUCUAUAUCAGAAAAUCCAAUGAAACUUUUAGUUGGUGGUGAAUUAUUACCAUAUCAAAUAGUAGGGGUUGAAUGGAUGCUAAGUUUAUAUAAUAAUAAUUUACAUGGAAUAUUAGCUGAUGAGAUGGGAUUAGGUAAGACAAUACAAACAAUUGCUCUUUUAACAUAUUUAUAUGAACAUAAGAAUAAUUAUGGUCCUCAUUUAAUAGUAGUUCCACUUUCUACUUUACCAAAUUGGUUGAAAGAAUUUAAUAUAUGGUCUCCUUCCCUUAAAUUAUUAUGUUUUAAAGGGAACAGAUAUGAGAGGAAGAAUUUAAUAAGAGAAUUAAGAUUAAUGAAAUUUAAUAUAUGUUUAACUACAUUUGAUUUUGUUAUUCGUGAAAAGAACAUAUUACAGACAAUAUCUUGGAAGCAUGUAAUUGUGGAUGAGGGCCAUAGAUUAAAAAAUUCUAAAAGCAAAUUUCAUAUUGUAUUACAUGAUUUUCAAUCUAAAAAUCGUAUUUUAUUAACUGGUACACCCCUACAAAAUAAUAUUAAUGAAUUAUGGUCAUUACUUAAUUUUUUACUACCUAAAGUUUUUCAUUCUGUUGAAGAUUUUGAAAAUUGGUUUAAUAGACCAUUUAGUGAAUUAUCUUCAAGUGAAAAUCAGAUAGAAUUAACAGAGGAAGAGAAAUUAUUUAUAAUAAAUAGAUUACAUUCUAUUUUAAGACCAUUUUUAUUAAGACGUGUAAAAUCUGAUGUAUUACAAGAUUUACCUGAGAAACGUGAAUAUAUUAUUAGAAUGGAAUUAACACCUUGGCAAAGAGUUGUAUAUGGACAGAUUAAACAGAAAGCUGUUCAUUCAAUGGAUAUAUCUAGUGGUAAGAUACAAUAUAGAUCAGUUAGUAACACUAUUAUGCAAUUAAGGAAAAUUGUAAAUCACCCAUAUUUAUUUGUUGAUGAAUACUUUGCUAGAAAUGAUGAUAUAUUUAAAGUUAGUUGUAAAUUUGAAAUAUUAGAUAGGAUGAUUCCAAAAUUAGUGUAUUUUAAGCACAAAGUUUUGAUAUUCUGUCAAAUGACACAACUUAUGGAUAUUUUGGGUGAUUUUUUAGAUUAUCGAGAUAUAUCUUAUUAUAGAUUAGAUGGUACAAUGAAUAUUCAAGAAAGAAAGGAAAAGAUGGAUAUAUUUAAUGAUCCAGAUUCUAAUACAUUUGUAUUUAUGUUAUCAACAAGAGCAGGUGGAUUAGGUCUAAAUUUACAAGCAGCUGAUACUGUUAUAAUAUUUGAUUCUGAUUGGAAUCCACAUCAGGACUUACAAGCACAAAGUAGAGCCCAUAGGAUGGGUCAAAAAAAUGAAGUAAGAGUAUUUAGAUUAGUAUCAAUUAGUGGUGUUGAGGAGCUUGUAUUAAAAAGAGCCCAAAAAAAGCUUGAUAUUGAUCAAAAAAUCAUUCAAGCUGGGAAAUUUAAUUCAACUGAAAUUCCAGAUGAUAGUCAUGAAGAUAGUUUACGUGAAUUAUUUGGUAAGGAAGAAUUUGAUAGUAAUAUUAAGAUAACUACUCCAUCAGAAUUAAAUAGGCUUUUAGCACGUAAUGAGAAGGAACUACAGAAGUAUGAAGAAAUGGAUAAGAAAAUUUUUGGUAAGGAAAUUUAUUUCAAGCUACUAAAUUGGUCAAAAAAAGUAGAGCUUGAAAAGAAUAAUGAGAUUGAGAUAUCAAAUAAAGAAUGUUUAAUGAAAGACAAGAUAGACAUAAAUGAAAAGAAUAAUACACUAGUAGAAUUUGAGCAAAAAAAACCAGAAUCUCCUAAAUUAAGAAAACGUGGUAGAAAACAAAGGAAUUUUGAGAAAAAUGAAUAUCAAGAUUCAAGUUUUAACGAACUUAGUAGCUCUAAAAAGAACAAUAAUAUAGAUACAACAAUAGAUAUAAGUGAGCAUAGUUUACCAUAUAUAUCUUUUAUGGAAGCAGCGAAGAGAAUAAUGCCAAUGGAAGAUAUUCCAACAUGGAUUGUAAAACCUUUAAAUGAGAUCAAUGCAGAAUUAGGUUUUAGCAGUGAAUCAACUAUUUUAAGUAAUAUAUCACGUGAUUCACGUAAGACAAGAUGUAAAUCAAAUAAAAAUUCCUAUAUAGAUGGAGUUAGUGAGCAUGCAUUUCUCAAAAUAGUUGAAGAUUAUGAAGUAGGUAAAAUAAGUGAUAUAAAUGCUGCUUUAGAAGCUGAAUUUAUUAAACAGAAAUCAAUGAAUUUAAAUAGGCCUUAUAAAAGAAAUAAAUACUCAAGUAAUGUAUGUAGUAGUGAUUCUGAUACUGAUUAUUUAGAAAAUGAUGAGACUAAAUACUCUAAAAAAAGGAAUUCAUACAGUAGAAAAAGUACAAGUAAUUCAUAUACAUUAACAAAUAAGGACUAUAUAAGGGAAGAAUUUGGAUCGAAAAAACGAUUUUUAAGAGAAAAUAUGGACUUGAAUGCUAAUUUUAUUGAAAUACCAGUUCAGCCUAAUACCCCUGAACCAGAUACUUAUUUUGAGCUUAGUUAA